AUGGAGAUGGAUGAUGACCCCGACCCGGAGAUGCAAACAGGAACCCCAGGCCACCCUAUUAGCAUAUCUAGUGGGUCUCCAUUUCAGGGAUCUCCUUAUCGUGGACCCGACUCCUUCCAAGAGAGGAUGGCUACCUAUGACUGGUUCUUUACUCCAUCUUAUCAUAGCUCUCCGGCUCAACCACCUUUAGAGGAUCCUCAACUUCAAGCUGUCUCACCACCACCACUCCCGGUAGAGGAGCCACCACAGCAGCCACCGCAACCACCUCCCGAGCCUCCGAGGCGAAGAAGGAACGCCCGCAUGUCCGUUAGAGGAGGACCCCGUUUCAGUUCUCCUCGAGGAUCGAGUUCCUAUCCCCCUAUUCCAGAGGACCCUCAGAUGGGUGGGCCCUCAAACACGGCACCGGAGGAUAAUCCUCCGCAAGCUUCUUAUGCACCACCUAUGCCGCCUGUGGGAUUUGAUAACCCAAUUCCGACGUACCCAGGUUUUUCCGGGUAUAAUCCUUAUGGAGACCCGUCGGGAUAUCCAUUGGGCUAUGGAACUCAUGACCCAUAUCUUACGGCUGCGCAGUAUCACCACCUUUAUCCUUCUACUUACCCUCCUAUGCCUCCAACUGACUACCCAAUUUAG